AUGACACCUGGAGAACUAGCUCUUGCCAGUGGCAACCACACCCCAGUUACCCAGUUCGUCUUGCUGGGAUUCUCCAAUGAUCCAGACUUCCAGGAGCUUCUUUUUGGAGGCUUCUUGCUCAUCUAUGCCAUGACAGUGGUGGGCAACCUGGGAAUGGUGAUGCUCAUCUUCACAGAUUCUCGUCUCCACAGCCCCAUGUAUUUCUUCCUCAGCGUCCUCUCGUUUCUUGAUAUUUGUUACUCUUCUGUGAUCACGCCCAAGCUGUUGGUCAACUUUUUGGCCUCUGACAAGUCCAUCUCUUUCAAAGGCUGCGUGGUCCAGCUGACCUUCUUCGUGAUGCACGUGACAACCGAGAGCUUCCUCCUGGCCUCUAUGGCCUACGAUCGUUUCAUGGCCAUCUGCCGACCCCUCCAUUAUGGUUCUCUCAUGACCAAGAGGACCUGUCUCCAGCUGGUGACUGCUUCCUAUGCGUUCGGUUGCGUUAACUCCGCUAUCCAAACUGGGAAUGUCUUUGCCCUGCCUUUCUGUGGGCCCAACCAGGUAACACACUACUUCUGUGACAUCUUACCCCUCCUCUGGCUGGCUUGUGCCAACACAGCCACCACGAGAAUGGUCCUCUACAUCUUCUCCGCUCUAGUUACCCUUCUGCCUGCUGCAGUCAUCCUCACCUCCUACGGCUUGGUUUUGGUGGUCAUUGGGAGGAUGCGCUCACCGGCUGGGAGGGAGAAGGCUCUCUCCACGUGUGCCUCCCACUUCCUGGCCAUUGCCAUCUUCUAUGGCACUGUGGUUUUCACUUAUGUUCAGCCUCAUCGAUCCACCAAUGAUACCAGUGACCAAAUAGUGUCCGUCUUCUACACCAUCAUAAUCCCCAUGCUCAACCCCUUCAUCUAUAGCCUCCGGAACAAGGAGGUAAGUGACGCCCUGCAGAGGAGGCUCCAGGUCAACAUCUUACCUUGCUGAGC